AUGCUUCGCUACGACGGACAAGUUGCUCUGAUCACGGGAUCUGGCGCUGGCAUUGGCCGCUGCUACGCGCUGCUCUUCGCCGAGCGCGGGGCCAAAGUAGUGGUGAACGACUGUAGCAGGGAAUCUGCAGACUCUGUGGUCAGGGAGAUCAGGACCAAAGGCGGCGUCGCAGUUGCUGACUACAACUCGGUGACGGACGGCGGCAAGGUCGUGGCUACUGCCAUGGACAACUUUGGCCGUAUUGACAUUCUGGUGAACAAUGCGGGUAUCCUGCGGGACGUCAGCUUUGCAAAAAUGACCAAAGCUCAAUGGAACCAAGUGCUCGACGUUCACCUGCAAGGAACUUUUGCCGUGACGCAUGCAGCGUGGCCUCAUAUGCGCAAGCAGAAAUACGGCCGCGUGAUUCUCAUCACGUCGAUCAACGGUCUGUACGGCCAAUUUGGUCAAACGAACUACAGCGCGGCGAAGGCUUCGAUGACUGGUUUUGGCAAGUCGCUGGCGAAAGAGGGCGCCAGCUCGAAUAUCAAGGUGAACAUCGUCGCCCCUGGCGCUGGUUCCAAGAUGACGGCGUCCGUGAUGCCCGAAGACCUCGUGGCCAAGUGGAAACCCGAGUACGUGGCGCCUACGGUCGUCUAUCUGUGCCACGAGUCCGUGCCGUGCUCGGGCAAAAUCUUCGAAAGCGGCGGUGGCUUCGUCGCGCAGGUCAAGUACGUGCGCAGCCACGGUGUGUUCCUCGAUCUGGCCAAGGAGAUCACGCCUGAGACGGUGCAGAGCAAGUUUGCUCAGAUCACGGACUUUGCGGCCGCGACGGACCCAGACGAAGACGAGAUAUCGCCGCAGCUGAAACAGAUUCUGACGGCAAAGCUAUAA